AUGCGUCUUGGUGCUUCACCCAUUCAGAAAUUCACAGUAGCCAUACGUAUGUUAGCUUAUGGUUGUUCAGCUGAUCAAGUAGAUGAAUAUCUGAAGCUCGGUGAAAGCACUGCUAGAGAAUGUCUUGGACAAUUUGUCGAAGGAGUAAUUGCUCAAUUUGCAACUGAGUACCUUCGCAAGCCAACAUUGGAACAUAUACAACGCCUCCUUAGAGAAGGGAAGGACAGAGGCUUCCCUUGCAUGACGCCUGGAUCAUGCAACGACAUUAAUGUACUUCAAUGUUCUCCGGUGUUUGAUGAUAUAAUAAAUAAUCGUGCUCCACAAGUUUUGUUCAUAGUUAACGGAAAUAAUUACAACAAAGGAUAUUAUCUCAUAGAUGGGAUUUAUCCAAAAUGGUCGACAUUUAUAGAUGCUAUUGCGGCCCCACACACCUUAAAGGAUAAAUUGUUCACUGAACGUCAAGAGAGUGCUAGAAAGGAUGUUGAGCGUGCAUUUGGUGUGUUACAAGCUCAGUUUGCAAUGAUUAGGAAGCCUGCUUUGGCAUGGAGUGUGGAGUUGAUGUGGAAAAUCAUGAUGACUUGCAUCAUCAUCCGCAACAUGAUAGUUGAAGACGAGCGUGAUAUAUAUUUAAACUUUAAAGAUCCACUUGAAUUCGCCCAAGAAUAG